UCGUGUGUGACAAGUGGCCACUGGCCUCCGAGCCUCCGAGGUGAAGACGGUGAAGACGGUGAAGACUGUAAAGAGUGUGAAGAGUGUGAAGAGUGUGAAGAGUGUGAAGAGUGUGAAGAGUGUGAAAAGUGUGAAAAGUGUGAAGAGUGAAGAGGCCGAAGAGGCCACACCGCCACAGCAGGCUGAGCAGGCCAUAGUGGGCCACAGUGUACGACAGUAUAUGUAUCUGCAUAGGUCUGAUAUUACAAAGUAUUUCGACGAUUCGUAGGUACAUGUCAUCUCGCGGAAAGAAAAAUAAGAAGAAAAUAUUAACGAGACGACCUCGUCAUGUCGUCGGGAAGGAAGAAAAAUAUCGGCAAGAAAGGGACAAGUCUGACAAAGAGGAUGAAGAAUCAGCGGAUGAAGAAGAUUGGCCUCUUUCGUUCCCAGUCGCUAUGUGGGAUUUGGAACAGUGUGAUCCCAAGAAAUGUUCCGGUAGAAAACUCGCUAGGCACGGCCUGGUGAAAAUGCUGAGGUUAGGUGUUCGAUUCUCAGGCUUGGUCCUUACUCCAGUCGGUCAGAAGUGCGUCAGUCCAGCUGAUCACGAUAUUGUAAGAGAUUACGGUUGCGCAGUGGUAGAUUGUAGUUGGGCACGUUUGGACGAUACCCCGUUCGGUAGAAUGAGAACUCCGAAUCCUCGACUGUUGCCGUUUCUAGUUGCUGCGAAUCCAAUAAAUUACGGUAAACCGUGCCAAUUAAGUUGCGUCGAAGCUAUAGCAGCAGCUUUAACCAUAACAGGCUUUCCGGAAGAGGGUAAAUUUUAUCUUAGUAAAUUUUCUUGGGGCCAUUCUUUUUUGGAAUUGAACGAUGAAUUGUUGAAGAAGUAUGCUCUUUGUGCGAAUGCGGUGGAGGUUAUAGCUGCACAGGAGCAAUUUUUAGUCGACGCCAAACAGGAAAGGAUAGACAGGCUCGCUGUUUCAGAUUUUCCACCAACCGAUUCGGAAUCUGAAGAAGAGAAGGAAGAGCCGGUACUUACGAACACCGCAUCAGAAGUAGAGGAACGUUUAACGGAUCUAAAUAUAACAUGAAGAUUAUACAUAUUGUUUGAGUGUAUUGUACUCUUCCAAAAGAGAUCCACCGCGUUACGCGUUUGCGUAUGUUCUAUUUUUCAGGUGUGAGCAAUAAAAAAAGGAUCGAGUGAUAUGUUCCUCGUUUUCAGCCGAUAGAA